GAUUGCUGUGGGCAGCUUCACCCCCAGUGAUCAUGAGGGGUGUCCUGCCAGUCUCAUUCCUGCUCCUCCUGGUGACCAUGUCUGAGGGUGCCGUGAUCACGGGGGCUUGUGAGCUGGAUGUGCAGUGCGACCUGGGCACCUGCUGCGCUCUCAGCGUGUGGAUGCGAGGACUGCGCCUGUGUAUCCCACUGGGACGUGAAGGAGAAGAGUGUCACCCGCUCAGCCACAAGGUGCCCUUCUCCAGGAAGCGAAAGCACCACACCUGCCCCUGUCUGCCCAGCCUGCUGUGCUCCAAGUUCCCGGAUGGCAGGUACCGCUGCUCCACGGACUUGAAGAACAUCAACCUUUAGGUGUGCACCAGUUUCGGACGCUGCUGCCAUGCUUGACUUCACUUCACUUCCUGCUCAAGUGUCCUGAUUUCCCACUAACCACCCCUUUCCACACUGCCCACUUUUCUUGUGUGUGCAGAAGGCCACCCUGCUUGGCAGAGUCCCCCUAGAUUAUGCCUGUGCCCCUAGGACAGCCUGCUUGACUGCCUGAAAGUCUAGAAGAGUCAGAGACAAGACCUUGUUCUCUCC